UAAAUUCUCCAUGUGUUUGUCUCUUUUGGCCUUCCAUAUCAGAGCGCUCCUAAAGCCGCUCAUCCUUCUGUAGAGUCACAUUUGAGGAGCAGCAGCAGGACAGAAACAUCAUCAUUGCUAAGCUAGUGCUGAGGUGAAUAUCAGUAAAGCGUUUAUGAUCGGCUUUUUCCCCCUCACCUGAGGGAAACAUGGCAGCGCGGGAAAAUGCCACGGAUAUCAUUUCUCAGGCUGAGACUCGACAGGAAAACGGCUGCUUUCGUCGGGGGAAAGAGAAUUUCUUCCUGGAUUAACAAAGUGAAGGACAAUUUUAUUCAUUAAUACAUAUUUUCAUUUCAUUGUUAGCCGAUUUUAGCCGAGCUUCAGCACAGAAAACAGCAAAAGAGCAGGUUUGAGAUUCUCUGUGAAUGGUAGUCUAUUCAAAUUUACUUCAGUGUAAAAUGUUACACUAACAGUAGCUGGCUUUGAAAGAACUGUUUUCCUCAAAAGAAAAGAAAAAGCUUUUUAUUAUUAUUAUUAUUAUCACUAUUAUUAUUAUUAUUCCGCAGCUUGGAGACAUUUUGAAGCAUUUCUGAUGCGCUGAGGUCCUGAGGAAAAAAAGUUGAGUAGCAGAAAUUGAAGAAAAUACCCCAAAUUAUGUGAAACAGAUCUCAAACAGGAUCACACACACAUCCAAAAUCUAGCUACCAGAUAGAGUGGACAAGUUAAUCACCACUAAUGACAGAGACGCUACAUCACAUCACAUCACAUCACUGACUGUAACUAGCAGCACUAUGGUGAAUUGAUCUAUUCUCACACCAGCAGCACAUUUUAGACGUGACGUUUGUGUAUGUUUGAGUUUUGCAUGCCGAGAGAUGCUGCUGUGUGACCGAGGCGUGCAGAUGCUCAUCACUACAGUGGGCGCUUUUGCCGCCUUCAGCCUCAUGACCAUCGCAGUGGGCACAGACUACUGGCUUUACUCCAGAGGAGUGUGUAAAACCAAAGCCAACCAUGAAAACGAAACGAGCAGGAAAAAUGAGGAAGUGAUGACCCACUCCGGAUUGUGGAGAACCUGCUGCCUGGAAGGGACAUUUCGUGGGGUGUGUAAGAAGAUUGAUCACUUUCCUGAGGAUGCUGAUUAUAAACAGGACACAGCUGAGUAUUUACUGCGUGCACUCCGAGCCUCCAGUGUGUUUCCGAUCAUGAGUGUGGGUUUAUUGUUUAUGGGUGGAUUGUGUGUAGCAGCGAGCGAGUUUUACAGGAGUAAACACAAUGUCAUCCUCAGUGCCGGAAUAUUCUUCGUCUCUGCUGGUCUUAGUAACAUUAUUGGAAUAAUUGUCUACAUCUCAGCUAACUCAGGCGAUCCGGGUCAGAGUGACUCAAAGAAGAGUUACUCAUAUGGUUGGUCCUUUUAUUUUGGUGCUCUUUCCUUCAUCAUGGCUGAGACAGUGGGGGUGCUUGCUGUGCACAUGUUUAUUGAAAAGCAUCGCAAGCAGCAGCGUGCCAAGACACUCGUCAAAAAGUCCAGUCUCGGCUUUGGCCGCAUCCCCACGUACCGUUACCGUUUCGGGCGCCGCUCCAGUGAAACACCAUCACGCGAUGUCCCUAUGUUCACGCUCUCACGCGACUCUGACAAAACUGCCGCGGGGAAGCUGCUUGACUCUGACAGAGACUUCCUGCACAACUCUAAUGCUAAGGAUGCAGCCAAUCGGAGAACAACUCCAGUGUGACACGGGUGGAUGGAGAAAAACAAAGGACCCGGGAAGUGGCGUCAAGACACACACAACUCCACAGAAGGAUAGAAACCAAUCAGCAGGAACAAAGCACACAGGAAGUGACAUCGAAAUAACUUUACAAGCCUUCUCUCCUAAUAUAAACCUUCUUCCUAUAAUAAUAUAAAAGCCUAGCUAGUGAUUGUUAGUUCUUUUAAUUUUGUUGACUGAUUUAAGGAGGAAUACAAGCACACAGGAAGUGCCAGUUUUGCCACAGUUGGAAUUUUGUUCACAGAGGCCUAACAGGAAAUCCUUUGAUUUGAACAGAACACUAUGGAUAAUAAUUAUAUGAUCAGUUUAUGUUAUAGUCAAAGCUAGAUAGUGAUUUUUUGGUGCUUCCUUUUAGUCCUUGUUUGUUUUCAGUCAUCAAUUCAUCCUUGGAACAAGUGCACACUCUUCUCCAGGGUUUUAAGUGUAAAUCCCAGCAUCCAAACAAACACAAAAUGACAAACGCAAGCUGGGUGCCCACAUAGACCUCACAUAAACCCCCCUCUCUCUCUCUCUCUCUCUCUCUCUCUCUCCUUUCUCUCUCUAUACACACAUACAUAUAUAUACAUACAUACACAAACAUAUAUAAUAUUUUUACACAGGAAGUUAUUCCACCAGGAUGUUACAAACAGGAAAGUGAGAUGGAAGUUGAGCUAGAUCGUUGAUGCUUCCUUUUGUUUUUAUUUUUGUAAGGUACAAACAAUUUAAAUGUAGCCUCAAAUGUACAAUGGUGGUCUUUCAGGUCCACUGAUAUAUAUUAAAGGUGUUCCUUUACAAUUGUGUUUCUCUAACUGAAGGUAUAAAGCAUGUACCCUUAAGGGUCCCACCCCAUUCCCCAUUCCACUGGCAAGCAUUUGUACCUUAAAAUUCCAAUUUUUGUAUCUUAUUUGAAUAUUCUCUCUCUCUCUCUCUCUCUCUCUCUCUCACACAUACACACACACAUAAUACAAUACUAAUACAAACAGGGUGAAAAAAAAGUUGUUAUUAAAUGUCAUGUACAGUCCAUUUCAUUCCCUGGUGUUAUGUUUCUCCAUUACUUUUAGUACUAUUCAAAAUUAUAAUAGCAAUUGUAUAUGUAUUUAUUAAUUAUAUUGUAUUGGAGAACAGAUUAGCCAGUGUCUGCUGAGAGUAGGCUUAUUUUAUUUGUAGCGAGUAAAUGAAAUAGAAUAUAUUAGAUAUGUUCUCUCUUUAUCCAUAAACUAAAGAAGUUCAGAAGUUUAAAAAUAAAUCUCCGAAUAAGAAAAGAUGUUCAAACUCUUUAUACAAAAGAACCUUACCUUUUCAGCAGAAGAAAAUACAUAAUUAGCACUUUUUAAACUCUAGAGUCAUGCAUUAUUAUAUACAUACACCUAUAUAAAUGUGAUGUAAAUACAUAAAUAGAAUUACAAUACAGUAUUUUAGUGGUAUAUAUUAACAUCACACCUCCAAGGGCUUUUGGGAAAAAAAAUUACUUACGCUUACAAGGGCUUUGAAGAAGUUUAAAUUCAACAUAUAGAAAUGCCUGAGGAAAUAACUGAAUCACAUUUAAAUAUAGGACAUUUACAUAUUCAUAUUCGUAUUAAAAUGGCCAGAUGAAAUACUGCUAUAAACAUAGUAAUGCAAUUUACUGCCUUCUACUUUUAUCUUUCGGAAAAAAAAGGUAAAUAAACUACAAAGCCAUGCAGAUAUAUGGUAUAAUCAUGUAAAAAUACAUUAUUUGUUCAUCUUCUGUCAUGUCAAGUCCAAAUGUACAUCUGUCAUGUAUUAUUUGUCUAAAGGUUGUGGGUCCCACACGCCCAAAAAUUAGAAGUCAUGCUUUACUAGAAUGAUGAUCAUUUUGAAGGUUUCUAAUUAAUGUUACACCACACCAUUGGUCAUUCUAAGCUAUGUUACAAACACACAAACCUGUAUGUGAGGGAAUUUUUAUUACCCAUAAUGCACUGCUAGCAUACAUCAGGUUUGACACUAACCCUACAUUCACGCUACCAAGCGAGUAGUCACUUGUGUUGCUGAUAGUUUGUCUCUUGUCGGCAUAUAGUGACUACGCUACUGUUGUCACUUGUGGGCGUAUACUGUCCAGUGGCAGCAACUAUAUAUAUAGCUUCUAAAGCUAUCUAAUUAAACAUGUUAAAUAAUAAACUAAUCAAUGUGAAAAUUGGUUGUUUACAUGUUAUGUGCCAGGCUUUAGACUUUGUGGGCAGAUUAGCGAAGCAAGAAAACUGUACUAGUUACAUACACUCACUAUCUCUGCUACUUCCUUCUAAGCUUUUUUUUUUCCUAAUGUCUCUAUACACAUUUAAUGAGAGGUCGUGUAUGACAGGAUGAAAUCAUGAUUGUAAGGUUUUCAUCUAUUUUUAUGUGUCAAACAGUAAUUGCAGGUAAAGUUGUGAGUGAGGGACUGAAUUAAUUUUGGACCACACAAGCCAUAGGAUGCGGAAUCAUUCAAGCUAAUCAUUUGGAUUUUUUCACUGCACAGCGUCUUACCUAAUUUCCACAGAAUUGAGAAAAUUGCACUGUCAUUUGUCACUGAAAUAGCAGCUCCUUUUUGUGCAUGUAUAUAGAAAAUAAAUGGUCACCUGUCAUUUUGUCACUUCCUAGUGUGAACGCAGGGUAACAAAUAUCACAAGUGGCGAGUUGAUUUAGAAAUACGUAACAUUCAGAUGAGUGUGAAAUGAAAAGUUUGCUAGGAUAUCUGUAACCUAGAGCUAAAGGCCAUACACUGUAUGUUUAGUGAAACUAUAGGUGCCCUGAGAGUGCUAUCUCAGACGCUAAUCUUUAAUUACCCUAUUAGCUAGCUACUACAGUAUAGGAACAUUAAAGCGUUCUCUUUUCUAGCAACUCUUUUUGUGUAGUAGUGUCUGUGUACACCAUCUAAAACCAUACAUCUCCCCCCAACCCCCACCCACCCCCCCACCACAUCCUUUAGGUACUGGGGUUCUAUUACGUAAUCUGAUAAUCAAAAACUAACUUUGGGUAUACAACCCUGUUCAAAAGCUUGCCAUGACUAUUUGGGUUAUUGUUGUGCACUGUUAUACACUGAUGAUAUGAUUUUAUUUGUGUUCUUAAAGUUGUGCUGUUCUAUAUGUAACCUAAUGAGUGUGUACUGGGUGUGUUUAAACUUCCUGUAGUGUGCACUUCUUAGCAAAAAAAUAUAUUUUUAGCUUUACACUUUUAAAUUGUUAUUUUGACCUGAAACAAAACAGGUUAAAAUGUCUUCAUCAUGUCUAAACCUGUAAUAGGACUGUUAUUACUCCUGUAAGCCCCACCUCCAUUCCCCUGGCUCAACCAAUCAGGAGCUUGUGCCAUGCAUGUGACCCUUUCAAUGAAAUUUCAGUUUCAGUUUAAACAUGCUGUAGAAAAAGCACACCUUUUGAAUACUGUAGUUGAAAUAAAAUUAUUAUAGCCAGAGAUAUUUAAAAAUAGAUA